CGGGGCUGAUUUCAUUGCUACGCCUGUUUCCUUUCACUGGCACUGCACAGAAGAGAUUGUGCAGUUUAGGCGAGCAAAUAAUGGACCAAAGGCCAACAUAGCUAUCCACUGUGCAAAUCUAGUUGGUGGCUUCCCAGCUGGCUAACUAAUUACCGAGACAUCACCAAGAUAAAUUAACUGAAGACGAUAAUAAUAUUUUGUUGUCAAUAGUUCACCCCCUCGCGCACACACACAUCAACACGGCAUUGAUGGUAAUGCAUACAAGGAAACAACCGAGACUCAGCGAUGGGUGUAACGACCGAAGGGAUUCACAACCCUAUCAGACCCACAAAUCCCAGCCCAAGAGUCAAUCUACCACCCUUCACCGUCACGAUAAAAUGCGAGAUGGGUUGUCAGAUCCUACACCACCCUACAAAAUGCUCCGACACUCUGAUGAAAGUCCAGUCAAUAAGCACAGUGACGGACACAGCAAAACAAAAACAUUUCACACACUCCGAGGCCAAGAUGGUGGGACCAGCUGCUCUCCGCAAGAGAAUUCUCAUAACCACAGCUCCAACUCGCACUCAAAUCAAAGCAAGGCGUCAGACACACCUCACGAGCCUGCAGAUGACUGGUCGGAGCACAUCAGCUCCUCGGGCAAGAAGUACUACUACAACUGCAGGACUGAGGUCUCCCAAUGGGAGAAGCCCAAAGACUGGCUGGAGAGAGAGCAAAGGCAAAAAGACCCGUCUAAGAGAGAGUCCAACACGUUCCCUAAAGACCGGGACUACAGACGAGAGUCUGUAGACACAGCCACCACAAAGAGUACUUCAGGGGACAAGUCGUCCUCCAACACGGCUCCUUCCCAGUCAUCUUCCUCCACCAAUCCGGGCCUGAACCAAGCCUCUGGCUCUAACCCCACCCCCUCCUCUUCCUCCUCCAUGGUCCCUGUGUCCCCCUCUGUCCAAUCCCAGGCCUCGGGCCUUCUCCAAGACCCCGCCCUCCUGCGGCAGCUCCUCCCAGCGCUGCAGGCCACCCUGCAGAUGAGCAAUGGCAGCAUGGACAUGGCCAAGAUCAAUGAGGUCCUCGCGGCUGCUGUUACCCAAGCUUCCUUGCAGUCUAUGCUUCAUAAACUCCUCACUGCUGGACCAUCUGCUUUCAACAUCACUGCUCUUCUUUCCCAAGCUGCUCAACACUCCAACCAAGCGGCCCUGCAGGCAAGUCAGUCGCCCAUAUCGCUAACGUCGGACGCCUCCUCGCCACGCUCAUACGUGUCGCCCAGGAAUGGCACUCCCCAGACCAACCUCCUUACCCAGAAACCCCUGCUCAGCAUGCCACCCGCCGCCUCCCAACCAAAGGUUACCCCAGUGAAACCAGGACCAGUUUCUCAGCAGGCUUCAGCAGAGAAACGUCCAGAGGACCCCCGAACUCUCCAACAGCGGAGCGGUCAGGGGAGUCCGCCACCAGGACCUAACGGCAGCCACUCUGUUCCCAACGCUGCCUCAGGCCUCACCAGCGCUCCCGGCUCCUUCACUCCCUCGCUGGCCUCUCACUUUGACGAGAACCUCGUCAGGCACAUCCAGAACUGGCCCGCAGAGCACAUCGAGAAGCAGGCAGCACGGUUACGGGAGGAUGCCCACAACAUGGGCAGUCUCUACAUGUCUGAGAUCUGCACCGAACUCAAAAACCUCCGAUCUUUAGUCAGAGUGUGUGAGAUCCAGGCCACGCUGCGGGAACAGAGAAUACUGUUCCUGAGACAGCAGAGCAAAGAACUGGACAAGCUGAAGAACCAGAACUCUUACAUGGUCUGAGAACCUGUGUGGGAGACGAAAGACGGUGAACCGCUUUAGGCUGCGGGCAAAGCCUGCCACGCGGUCCUCUAUGUCCCAUGUGCCCCAGUCUGAACACGUCCGUACCGUCAUGAACCAGAGGGCGUCUGAGGAUACGGACAAGAGACUGGGCCUGUUGAAGACGUCAUGGGUCACGCAAUGAAGCGUACCACUGCCCAAGCCCCCGAAAAAGUGUAGAUUUCAUCUAGGCAUCCAAGAUGUAAAUUGUUCUAUGAAACCGCAGGCUAAAAUAAUACAGAAGCCUUGUUGAGCUUUUCAUGGACACCCAAACCAGUGGAUUCUGAGAAACCUACAUGUCAUACCUUUUUGUUACCUGAUAAACUCGGCUGGCGUCCUUUGGAUUUGAGAAACUGUUGGACUGUGUUUGUUGCGGUUGAUAGACAGUUUUGGUUGGGAAUGCAUCUUUUUCUCCUCAGACUUGUGGCUUAACUGAAGUCUAGUGAACUGAAUGGACUCCGAUUGACUUGAGAUGUAUGAAUCACCAACUGAUUCCAGGAAGACUCAAACGCCAACACUUCUUCAGCAUAGACUUGAAGUGGUGCAUCACAUUGCAGAUAAGAUAUCGAACAGCCCACAGGUUAUUCACAGCAUCUUCUUAAAAGCCAACUUUGAUUCCUUCCAGACUCAUACAGUUGCUUCUAUUCAGUGAGGAAUCCUGAAUUUAACAGUCCCAGUUCGCUGAGUACUUUUUAAAAUGUGAGCUGACAAAGAUUCUUAGCUGCUUGACAAGAGUUGUCUGUCGGUCCACGCUCCCGCCCCCCUGGAUGGGAAUAGUCUGUAGACUUAGUUACCUGUGACCCCUCUAACGUUGGGCCAGGAGACUUCUCAGAACAUACUGUCCCACGGCGUAACCUUUAGGUCACCUCCCAGUCCCUAUCACGAACCCCCAAUGGGAUCAUGUGAUAAAGGGCAACGUUCUCGUCGUCCAUGACCUCUGCAUCAGAAUCCCUCCUUUGAUCUGUACUUGAUCAUUUUUCCCCUCUUCUGCUGAAUUUUUUUCAGUUUUUUUUUUGUUUUGUAAGCUUGUCUUGUCUUCAUCUUGAGUAAUUAAUUCCUUAUGUGCAGUUUCUCUCGAGAUUGUGAAAAGGGGUAUUUAGUUUCACGUGGUUAUGUAAACCUAAAUUAUUGUUGCACAUUAUUAAUUGCGUUCUUGUGAAGAUGAUGUAAGGAGAGAGUGGAGAUGGUCUUAUGUUCAUGGGACUCACCUUUCUCUUGGCUAUACCAGCUAAUCCAGUACAGCACUAGUUAAAUGGAGACCGUAGUUAACGUUUGCUACAUUUGUCUUACUGAAGUUAAACUUUUUUGGGGGGGGCGUCAGUAAUUAAACGUAACUAUUUUACACAACAAUGCUGUCUCACUCUUUCAUAUCCACAGACUUAGCUACUCCCUCUUCAUCCUCAGACUUCUCCGAUCAAUCAGUGACAUACUGUAAUUGGCAAGGCACUGGCCAAAACUUUCGUCUUCAGAACUGGAGAACUCACUUUUCCGAUAGUUGGGGAUUAGAGGUUUUUGUGAGGAUGGUGCGACCAUAGCUUUGUAUAUUAUUUCUUAAAAGUAUAUGAGAAUAAAAUACAUUAUUCUACCA